AAGAGAGGCAGAGGGAGGGGAGAGUAAAAGCAGCAGAGCAGCAGCGGGCAACAAGCCACCAGCCCUGAAACCCAGAAAUAACAGCGUACUUAGCGGGAAUGAUCAAGAAAGCAUAACUUUUGCACAAAAGAAUUAAUUUUUCAAGCCUAAAACGACAUAGAAUUCAAAGAAUUGGGCGACAAGGAUUGGCCGUUUUCUGUUUUUUUAUUUUAAGGCACCGAACUAAGAACGAAAGAAAGCAACAACACUGGAAAAAAGACGGGGAUUACACACAACAGUGACAAUAAAACACUCCUCGAGAAGUGGUCUGCCUGGUCUAAGGGUGAGGUCCGAAUUAAAAACUGAAAAAAAUUGGAAAACAGGUAUUUUUCUGAGCAUAUUGUGCGUGGUUUAUUUCCAAGUACCGUUUCUGUGUGAACUUUAAACUCAGGAAACAAUGAAGACCUAGUCAGCAAGAACUCAUCAAGUGUCUCGACGCUGCUAGCGUUAGCGAGCGAAGGGGCUGUAAAGCUAAGGGAGCUAAGUUAGCUGUUGGCUAAUGUUAGCUUGCUAGCUAAACGUGUUUUUUCAGAAACUUUUCGUGUUGUUUCCACGAAGCCCAAACACUGAAGGAUUAUUCUGAGGACAGAGGGGAAGGGCAGGUUCCCUUCUGGACUUUUCCCCCUCUGCGUACUUUUCUAACAUGAUGGCUACAGAGGUCAGCAGUGAGGAUGCGGGUUCGGUCACGACAGAAACAAGGGUGGCAAGCGGAGGAGGAGGCCCGGAGACGGCCCCUUUCCCCUGCUAUCCUAAGCCGAACAGAGUGCGAGUCACCGAUCUGGGACAAGAACCGACCCAAACCACCCGCCAAGAUUCAAACACUUCUCCGGACUCGCUUCCCGACACAAGUAUCUAUCCGGUGCCUGGUGGGGAUAUAACGGGAUCAUUGCUCUCCCCAGCUGGGAGUGGUGGUCAGGCAGUUUUCCAAGGAACCAACUCAGGGACAAGGGGCGGCAUGUGCAACUCUCCCACCUCAGAGAGUCCAACCAGUCGGAGUUCACCCACAUCUACAGGCCCGGAUGGCUCUACGAGCUUCCCACCUCUGCCACCUGCGCCCCCCAUGGAUGAAAGCGACCUGCCGGAUUGGGGGGAUGAGGAAGAUUUGGUGUUUCCUCUUUCUGCACCUCCCACAAACCAGUGGUACCAUGGCAAACUAGACCGAACCAUUGCAGAGGAGCGUUUGCGCCAGGCCCGGACCCCUGGCAGCUACCUCAUCAGGGAGAGUGACCGCCGGCCCGGUUCAUUUGUCCUGUCUUUCCUCAGUAUGACCAAUGUGGUCAACCAUUUCAGGAUAAUCGCCAUGUGUGGGGACUAUUACAUUGGUGGUCGACGGUUCUGUUCUCUAUCAGACCUGAUUGGUUACUACAGCUAUGUGUCUUGCCUAUUAAAAGGAGAGAAGCUCCUCUCACCAGUGGCACCUCCGGAGCCUGUAGAAGACAGGAGGAGAGUCAGGGCCAUACUUCCAUACACCAAAGUGCCAGAUACCGAUGAGAUCAGCUUUCUGAAAGGAGACAUGUUUAUUGUUCACAACGACCUAGAGGACGGCUGGAUGUGGGUCGCCAAUGUUCGCACAGAAGAGCAAGGGCUCAUAGUGGAGGAUCUGGUGGAGGAGGUGGGCCGAGAGGAGGACCCACACGAGGGAAAAGUUUGGUAUCAUGGAAAGAUCACAAAGACGGAGGCUUACAACCUUCUUAUGUCAGUUGGCCAGGUUUGCAGCUUCCUGGUCCGACCAUCAGACAACACACCUGGGGACUACUCCCUCUUUUUUCGCACUAGUGAAAACAUCCAAAGGUUCAAGAUCUCCCCGACUCCAAACAAUCAGUACAUGAUGGGAGGGAGGUACUACAACAGCCUUGACGAUAUCAUUGAUCAUUAUAAGAAAGAACAGAUUGUUGAGGGCUACAACCUGAAAGAACCCGUUUCCAUACAGCACCAGGAGCAAGUACUAACUGACAUAACGGAUGGGAGGGAAAUUUAUAACACUAUCAGACGGAGAACAAAAGAUGCUUUCUACAAAAACAUAGUCAAAAAAGGCUAUCUCCUCUUCAGCAAAGGAAAAGGAAAAAGGUGGAAGAACCUUUACUUCAUCCUGGAGGGCAACGACGCACAGCUCAUCUAUUUUGAAAGCGAGAAGAGAGCUACCAAACCCAAAGGGCUGAUAGACCUAAGUGUGUGCUUCGUGUAUGAUGUGCACGACAGUCUGUUUGGCAGGCCAAACUGUUUCCAGAUUGUUGUUCAGCACUUUAGUGAGGAACAGUACAUAUUCUACUUCGCAGGAGAGGUCCAAGAGCAGGCCCAGGAUUGGAUGAAAUGCCUUCAGACGUUCUGUAGUAACCUAAGAAAAACCACUGUACCGACUUCCAACAAAAGGCUCCGGCAGGUGAGCAGCCUGGUGCUGUAUGUGGAGGAGGCCCACAAGUUGCCGGUGAAGUAUUUUACCAACCCUUACUGCAACAUCUACCUGAACAGCGUCCAGGUUGCCAAGACGCAUCCACGAGAAGGACAGAAUCCCGUCUUCACCGAGGAGUUCAACUUCGAUGACCUGUCCAGCGAAGUAAACAGAUUUGAAAUCAGUCUGAGCAACAAAACAAAGAAGAACAAAGACUGCGACAUCUUGUUCAUGCGGUGCCAGCUGGGUCGCUUGCAGAAGGGUCAGAUGAUUGACGAGUGGUUCCCGCUGAGCUCCCAUGUCCCUCUGAAGGGGAUCGAGCCGGGAUCGCUGCGGGUGCGCCAUCGCUACUCCAUGGAGAAGAUCAUGCCGGAGGAGGAGUACAGUGAAUUUAAAGAGAUGAUCCUGCAGAAAGAUUUCCACGCAAUCUACGCUUUGGCCAGCGUUUGUGGUCAGGACCGCACAUUGCUGGCCAGCCUCCUCCUGCAGAUCUUUAGGCACGAGAAGGCUGAAGCGCCUCUACUGAGGACGCUCAACGACAGAGAAAUUAACAUGGAGGAUGAGGCGACAACGUUGUUCAGAGCAACUACACUGGCCAGCACGCUCAUGGAGCAGUACAUGAAGGCCACGGCCACGCCCUUCGUCCACUACGCGCUGAAGGACACCAUCCUCAAAAUCAUGGAAAGCAAACAGUCAUGUGAGUUAAAUCCUUCCAAACUGGAAAAGAACGAGGAUGUUAGUACCAACCUGGCUCACCUUCUCAACAUAUUGUCGGAGCUUGUGGAGAAGAUCUUCAUGGCUGCGGACAUCCUACCGCCGACGUUAAGGUUCAUCUAUGGCUGCCUGCAGAAAUCUGUUCAGCAGAAGUUCCCCAGCAACCACACCAUGCGGACAAGGGUCGUGAGUGGCUUUGUCUUUCUAAGGCUGAUCUGCCCUGCCAUUCUCAACCCCAGAAUGUUCAACAUCAUUGCUGACCCUCCAUCUCCAACAGCAGCCAGGACUCUCACACUGGUGGCCAAGUCUGUUCAGAAUCUGGCCAACCUGGUUGAAUUUGGUGCUAAGGAACCCUAUAUGGAGGGAGUUAAUCCAUUUAUUAAAAACAACAAACAUCGGAUGAUCAUGUUCCUGGAUGAGUUAGGCAAUGUCCCUGAUCUCCCUGAACACCCGGAGCCGUUCAGGACGGACCUGUCGCGGAACUUGGCUGCGCUGCACGAGGUCUGCGCCACGCACUCGGACGAGCUCCGCACUCUGAGCAACGAACGAGGCGCGCAGCAGCACGUCCUGAAAAAGCUGCUGGCCAUCACAGAGCUCCUCCAGCAGAAGCAGACUCAGUAUGCCAUGUCCAACAGCAACAGGUAGUACUGCAGCCCAUUGCUCCCAUUUGUCCAUCUUUGCGCCGAGCCCCCUCCCCUCUCCGUGAGCACAGCCCUGGGGGAGACCUAGCAUGCUCUUCCCCUCAUCACAAUGGAACCACUCUCCAUCAUGUCUCCGUCUGAUAGUCCCACCCAUCCUCACCCAUCAUCUUGUCUCAUUCACCACAAAAAGAGCUAUGCAGCAGCAGCGUCCGCGUACAACAAGCAACCCGGCUCCUAAAAACAGCAAAUGGAAAAAAAACAAACAAAAACUAAAAACAAAGCAAACUUGCACCAAUGACUGAUUGCUACAUUUUAUCCCCUUUGGACUUUGUUCAUAACUGUGAUGUGGGUGCAUUUCAUUCAUUCACCAAGAGGACCAAAUAUAAGGAUUUUAUAUGGCUUCCUUGUACCUACUGUGCUUUAAAGGCACAAAUUGCCAAAGUUAUGGUCCCCUACUUUCAACUCAGUGAGGAAACUGACAUGAAGAAGCUAGUUCUCCAACCCCCUUUAAUGGUAAACUGGAUUCUGAGCAAAUAUGCUUUUUAUACUGUAAUUAGUUACUGAUUUAAUUUUAAAGGUUGUGACAAUAUCUGCAAAACGCUGAAAGAAACAUUUCUGUCUGUUCUUUUUUUUUUCUCAGAAAACCUAUGGUUAUUUUAUAUUAAUAAAUUCUCUUGCUGGAAUCAUGAGUAUAUAUGUGAGAUAAGCUGACUUUUUUUCUUUUGCCAGGUCAUAAUUGUAUCAGUUAUAUUUGAUUAUUUGGCUGCGGCUUCUUUUUCUGUUUUAAAAGAUCCCAUUUGCCGUUCAGGACACAUAAUCAAAGAAACCAAGUAAAAGUUUACAGUGGUAUUUUUUUUUUUAAAUAGUAUAGACUGUAUAACAGACAUGCAUGCACUUAUUAAACUGUUUUUUUU